AUGAUAUUUUCAAACCUAACAUUUACUCAUCAGGACUGCAUUGGCGCAAUUGAUGGAACACAUGUUGACGCACGUAACCAAAAUAGUGAUAAGGUGACAUUUAUCGGCCGUUGUGGUAGCCCUACCCAAAAUGUCAUGGCCGUCUGCGACUUUAACAUGUGUUUUACUUUUGUUAUGGCUGGCUGGGAGGGCAGCGCACAUGCCAGGCGAGGUUUUAAAACUGCGACACGGGAUCCUAAUAACAACUUUCCACAUCCACCUACAGGGAAGUAUUACUUGGUCGAUGCUGGUUACCCAUUGCAACGAGGGUAUUUAAAGCCAUUCCCUGAUACGAGAUAUCACAUACCAGACUUUGCACGUGCAAGUAACGUCACACGAGGAAGAAAGGAAAUGUUUAAUAAACGACAUUCAUCGCUUCGUGGUGUAAUUGAGAGGACUUUUGGUGUCUGGAAAAAGAAAUGGGUGAUACUCCGUGAUAUGCCUCCAUACAAUUUUUCGAAGCAGGUACAUAUUGUCUGUGCUACAAUGGCACUUCAUAAUUACAUAAGAAGACAUCAUUCCCGUAGUGAUAUUGACUUUCAUUUGGCGGAAGAGGAUGAAGAAAAUAUGCAUUCGGAAGCAUUUGAACAUCGGCUAGGUCAGUCUUUCACAGAAGAAGAGACCGAGGCUUCCAUUGCCUUCACCGUUGAUGGGGAAGGUGCAAGCGAGAUGGUAGAGCUAAGGGAACGAAUUACUGAUGAAAUUGUUUGCAGCACCAAACAGACUGUCAGCUUCCCCGCAGCUGCUUCCCCGCAGCAGCUUCCUGGGGCAGGGGAGCCGCCGGCGGAAAAGCAAAAAAGGGGCGCGUCAAACAGAGCCUAA